AUUAAAAAAGUACAAAACUCAGCGCCAGGUUGAAGUCGGACUGCACUCAACUGGACGGAUAAACAAAAACAUUACGGAGACCGUAAUCGGAAUUGCCAUCGCAGUUAGAAAGUCCGUUAGAAAGUCAUCUAGGUUUUCCUUACAAUCUUCUUCUAUAGCACCCCAGAAUAAAAUUGCAAACAUAGGUUGCACUAAAUUAUUCUAACAUUGUUGUCAAAUGUCGGUCAUGACGAGCAGGGGAUGAUUGUGAUGGCAGAGUUUUUUUACCACCACCAUGGCCAAUUUGUGAAGGUUGGCGGCGCCAUGGAGUUUUAUGGCGGGUUUUUGGCUUUCUGUAAUUUGCAAUCAAGAACACUGAUACGCUCUUAAUAUAAUGAUUUUAGAUGUUUGACAGGUACAGUUGAAGGUGGAAGCGUAUUAAAAUGGAUGAGGCCCGGACCUAGUUUUAACUUAACCAAAUUGCAGUGUGCAUCAGACACAGGGGUCAAACCGUAUCUUCAAAUUUGAACAAAGCAAUGUCUAUAACAAUUGAGAGCUCAAUUAUAUCCCCAUUACAACUAUCAAGGACAUGUUUGACUAAGCUAGACACCACAAGAGCUUUUCUGUUGGGGAAUAAGUUCUCGACAAACGCAGUAACUCUCUCUUCCAAGACAAGUUGUAUCUCCUGCACACUUGUCCGAUCGAAAUUGAGUCCAAAUGUUGGUGGUCCUGUUGAGAAGGAUAAAAAAGGGAAGAAAAUAGAACACCACUUGUGGAAAAAAAGAGAUUCAGCCCAGUCAGGCCAAAAGGCACUUGCUCUUGUCAGAACUGUAUGUUUACGGAUCCAUUCAUUUUUUUCCCGUAUUUUGUUAAUAAUCUUUGAUUUGACUAGACAACUUUCACAGCAGGGGAGAAAGUCUCAAGACUAUCCCAAUCUGGAUUUUGUUUAAAAACAUUGCAGCAUAUCUGACUCUGUACUUGUUUGUGGGUCCAUCUGAAUUUUAUGAACUAAACAUCCCACUUGUGACGAAUGGAAAAUCUUUUAGCAGGUUAAGGCCAUUAAGUCCAUGUAUCGUUAGCUAUUAAAUCAUCUGAUUCAGACUGUGUAGCUGCAUUACAGUGGGGAAUGAUUAAGGUUUUUCUAACGGUAUAGGAUGAUGUGGCUUUACAAAACCAGAUUUAGAUAUGGGGUAGGUUUGUUUUAGCUUUAAAAAAAUGGAUUUUACAAAAAUAUUUUUCAAAAUAUUACAAGUUUUUCUAAAUUUGUUUUUUAUAAAUUAAAAGAUUGAAUCGUUCAUUCUAUAACAUAAAUAUACAUUAUUGAAGACCAAAACAUAGAUUAAAAGAUUGAAUUGUUCAUUCUAUAACAUAAAUAUACAUUAUGAAAAGUUUCUUUGUAAAUUUUUUUACACUAAAAUAUGUAACACUAUAAAAAUCAUUUUAAAAAAAAGCCAAAACAAAAGGGCCCAUGGUCUGCAUAGGAUGAAUGGAUUUUGUGGAAGGAAGAGAUUCACGAGUAGAAGAAUCUUCCAUGUGGACAAAGCCAAUGAAUUAGAUGGAUGAGACUUUAGACUUGAGAGGGAGGAAUUUGUAGUGGAGGAAGAUGGAAUUGAGAGAUCAGCUGGUUGGGCCAAGUUGAUAAGGAUGGAAGAAUUUUGCAUAAAGUGAUGGGAACACAUUUAGGAUUAUAUAUGGACUGUUGUUGGUUUCUAGCAGAAUAUAGAAAAACGUGUUAAUAAAACACAUCCUUAGAUGCAUAGUUAUGUCAUUAGUAGAUAUUUUGUGAAAGGUCUAAAUUUGCCCCUAAUUUGUUUCGAGAGCCUUUUCUCACUGUUUAGUUUUAGUUCAGAUGAUGAAUUAACAUGAAUACUUAAACAAUAGUAACAUGUAACCCCAAAGGAUUGUACCAGGUAGAGUCAAUAUUGACCAAAUUCACCAUCAAGCAGCUUUUGGUGGUUGGUCUGAGAUUUGACAAUAUUUUUUAGGAUGAAAGUCAAAAUAGAUAGCGUUAUCUUUAGCAGACUUGCUAGCACUAAUGGAAUUUUUAGUGAUCGAUGCACUAGAAACACUUAGAGUAGACAAGAUGGUGGAAACUAGGCUUAGGUGGUUUGGACAUGUAGAGAGAAGACCUGUGGAUUUUGUAGUAAGGAGAAUAGAUCAAAUCGAGGGUAGUAAAAUUCAAAUCACUAGAGACCGAGGAAGACUUAGAAAAAUUAUAAGAGAAACUAUUAAGAAAGAUCUAGAGAUGGAUAGAAAUAUGGUUUAUGAUAGAAUAUUAUGGCAUCGUUUAAUCCAUGUAGCCGAUCCCACUUAGUGAGAUAAAGCAUAGUUGUUGUUGUUGAUGGACUAGAAGCAAAUUAUAAAGAGAGAAGUGAACAUUGGAAUGGGAAGGUGACACUAAGAAAUUGCUAUAGUUAGAUGUGAGUGGCUAACCUUAACCAAUUUUGCCUAGAUUGGCGGCAUCCAUGAGUUGCUGUGGGUCACUUGUAACAUGACGGCUUGC